AGGGGAGGGGGCUGUACAACUACGCAUGCGUGGGGCGGCGCCCUGGCUGCGCGUGUUGACGUUGGGGGAUUCGCCGCGGCACUUCCUCGUUUGGGCGCGAGCCGCCCCCGCGCGCGUUCGGAGCGAAUCUGCCGAUGGAGAGACCGGGGCGCUGACGCCAGCUUUGCCCAGGAUGUUUCAGACCCUCCCGCUGCGGAGCCGCUGGCCCCUGGCUCCAUGCGGUGCCCAGCAGCUCAGCCUCCAGGGGAGAUCCUGGGCUUUCCGGGAAUGUGCCCAGAGACGCCCUCCAGCCGGCAGCGCCAGGUGGUUCAUAUCGACAGCCAAUAAAACAGUCUGGCCGUCACCCAGCUUAAAAGCCUGGGAAGUUGGCAGUAGCGGGUACACCAAGCCUGCAAGGUGGUUCCCAGGUGCAGCAGCAGGGACCCAGCAGCAAAGGUGGGCAGCGCAGACCCUUUCCUGGAACAGGGUCACCGGGAGACUGUUCUCGCAGGGGGCCCCGUCGACUGGCGCCUCCACCACACAGAUACAGCUGAGGACUCGGCUGCUCAUCACCUGCCUCUUUGGGGGGGCUGUCCUGGGUGUGUGGCUCUACAUCCGCUCUGAAAAGGAACAGCAGCAGAAGCUGCAGCGCAUCCAGGAGCUGAAGAAGCUGGCCAUCGGCCAGGGGGACUUCCACCUGGUGGACCACACCGGGCAGCCCCGCUCCAAGGCCGAUUUCUUGGGGCAGUGGGUGCUGCUCUACUUCGGCUUCACCCAUUGCCCAGACAUCUGCCCCGAGGAGCUGGAGAAGAUGAGCCAGGUGGUGCAGCUGCUGGACCAGGAGCCACAGCUGCCCCAGGUGCAGCCCGUCUUCAUUACAGUGGACCCCGAACGGGACAACGUGGCUGCUGUGGCCAAGUACGUGAAGGAGUUCCACCCGCGCCUGCUGGGGCUGACUGGCAGCCCGGAGCACGUGCGGGAGGCUGGCAGGGCCUAUCGUGUGUACUACAGCGCCGGGCCCAGGGAUGAGGAUGACGACUACAUCGUCGACCACACGGUGAUCAUCUACCUGCUCAGCCCCGACGGGCUCUUCCUGGACUACUACAACCGGAGCAAGAGUGAGGCACAGAUUGUCCGGAGCAUCAAGGGGCACAUGGAGACCUACCAGACGCUCUUCAGCUGAGCACCAUAUGGCAAUAAACGCCCUGCUUGCAGCUAGGGCAGAACCCC